AUGACCUGGGGUUUUGUCACUUGUGGCCCUAACGAGGCUUUGGUUAUAUCAGGAUUUUGUUAUGGUAAACCUAAUUUGGUACCUGGUGGAAGAGCAUUUGUUUGGCCCGUUAUACAAUAUUGUCAGAGAAUUUGUUUGAACACUAUGACAAUACAAGUUGAUAGUCCCAAGGUAUAUACUAUCCAAGGUGUGCCAUUAUCAGUUACUGGUAUAGCUCAGGUAAAAAUACAAGGGCAAAAUGAAGAAAUGCUUUUAACAGCAUGUGAGCAGUUUUUGGGGAAACCCAAGCAGGAGAUUCAUGAAAUUGCAUUGCAUACUCUUGAAGGUCAUCAACGAGCAAUUAUGGGUUCUAUGACUGUAGAGGAAAUUUAUAAAGAUCGUAAAAAGUUUAGUAAACAAGUAUUUGAAGUAGCAUCUUCAGAUUUGGUUAAUAUGGGUAUAACUGUUGUUUCAUAUACAAUAAAAGAUAUACGAGAUGAAGAGGGUUAUCUUAGAGCUCUUGGGUUGGCAAGAACUGCGGAAGUAAAACGUGAUGCUCGUAUCGGAGAAGCUGAGGCAAAAAGAGAAACAACAAUUAAAGAAGCAAUGGCAGAAGAAGAAAGAAUGGCAGCCAAAUUGAUCAAUGAUACAGAAAUUGCCAAAGCUCAAAGAGAUUUUGAACUUAAAAAAGCAGCAUAUGAUGUAGAAAUUCAAACAAAGAAAGCUGAAGCAGAAUUAGCUUUUGAACUUCAAGCUGCAAAAACAAAGCAACGUAUAAAAGAGGAACAAAUGCAAAUUGAUGUUGUUGAAAGAACACAACAAAUUGCUGUCCAAGAACAAGAAAUUCAAAGGCGAGAACGUGAGUUAGAAGCUACUGUAAGAAGACCAGCAGAAGCCGAGAAAUUCCGACUAGAAAAAUUGGCUCAAGCAAAUAGAACUCGAAUUAUAUUGGAAGCUGAAGCUGAAGCUGAAACACUCAGGCUUAAAGGAGAAGCAGAAUCAUUUGCCAUCCAAGCAAAAGCCAAAGCUGAUGCAGAACAAGCAAUGAAAAAAGCAGAAGCAUGGAAAGAAUACAAAAAAGCUGCCAUUAUUAAUAUGGUUCUCGAAGCAUUACCAAAGCUUGCUGCCGAAGUUGCAGCCCCUUUCGAGAAUACCAAAAAGGUUACAAUGGUGGCCAGUGGUGAUGGGGAUGUGGGGGCUGUUAGAUUAACAAAUGAAAUUAUUCAAAUUGUUAAUAAAGUACCAGAAAUGGUUACUACUCUAACUGGAGUUAAAAUAAAUGAUGUCAUGAAUAUGUAA